AUGGGCAAUCACAUCCCGAUGGUGCAGGAAUCGCUAUCCUGGAACAAAGCCGAGCUGGACGGGAACAAAGCUAUUGUGAUGCCAGCUGUUCGACGCGGAUUUCUGCAGAACAUUUUGGCCACUGUCAGAUCUGUGCGUCUCACAUUGAGAGCGGCAGUUCACGAUAUACUUACUACGAGCGAGAGCAAUGCAGAAAACCAGCGCGUGGGCAAAGGAACGGACAACCUCUUCUGCUGCGUUGACUUUAUACCUGGAAUACCAAUCUGCGCGGAGAAAUUUUGGAAUACAUCGCUGCUGCCCCCUCUGAGUCGCCAUAGCACCGCAUCACCCAAGUACACAUUGGCAUUGGACUUGGACGAGACUUUGGUGCACAGCACAAGCUUCCGCAUAGCAAAGACUGCCAACCUUGAUAGUACUGUUAUCGAUUGUUACGGGGAGAAAGUCCAUGUUUACGAACGUCCGUUCCUGACGUAUUUCCUGCUGAGAGCUUCAGAGCAUUUCGAUAUUGUUGUCUACACAACAAUGGAAAAGCCCUAUGCUCUGAAAAUGGUCACUUGGAUCAACCGUGACUUCAGACUAGUGAAGUAUUUGCUACGAUUUACACCCAAAACAGCGGAUCAUUGCGUGCAGCAGGAAAGUCGCUACAUCAAAUGCUUGCAGAUGCUUGGUCGUGAUCUUCGUAAAACAAUUCUCGUCGACAGUAGCCCAACGCAGUUAGCUUACAACGGCCGAAAUGGUAUCCACAUUGAUGAGUGGCAUGGAUGCCACAAGGAUAGAGCUCUCUUGGAGUUGUGCAAGUAUCUACAUGACCUUGUGAUCUGUCAUCCGGAUGAUGUUCGACCAUUCGUCGAAGGCCGUGCCAUGGGAAAGGUUUUGUACCGGCUGUAUCAUGUUGCAGACUUGGAAGCCGAUUGA